AUGGAGGACUGGGCGAUGGUGGACAUGUGGCUGCAGGUGGAGGCCCACCAGCACCACCCAGCCGCGGCCGCCAUCGCCCGCGAGUGCAUCGCCGCGCCCACCUUGCUUGGCCGCGUGCCCAACCAGACCGUUAUUGACGAGAACAUCAAGAAACUUAAGAAGGUGCUCGAGGUGUACGAGACAUGGCUGAGCAAGUGCAGGUACCUCGCCGGCGACUUCCUCAGCCUCGCCGACCUCAGCCACUUCACGGUGAUGCACUACUUCAUGGGCACCGAGUACGCCGCGCUGGUGGAGGCGUGCCCACACGUGAAAGCAUGGUGGGAGGAGCUCGCCGCACGGCCGGCGGCCAAGAAGGUGGCAGGGUUCUUGACCACUGGCUCUGGGGUGGCCUUAGUUUCUCCCCUAAAGUUUAGUCCGUCGAUGAGAGAUGUGGUUUCAGACCUGGAGCAUGCCCUUAAUAAGUUGCAGCCUUGCAGGAGAGUGCAGAUGCAAGCGAAGGAGAUGUAG